AUGUCAACCACCACCUCCUCGACCACCACCUUGGCCUCGGCCACCUCCAGCUGCUAUGCCAAGUUAUACGAUAUCCCGGUGCACGAUGCCGCAUGCGCAAUGCCGAUGAAGAGCAAUUUCUCGUCAAUCAUGACCAGCUGCUGUGGCGAAGCACCUGUCGUCGAGUACGAUGACUGUGACUACUACUGCCUGGCGCAGGGACAAACCGUUGGUACUCUUGCUGAGUGCCUGGAGAAGGCUUCGGAGGCUGGUGAUUUCUGGUGCAACACCAAUGCCAAUGCUACGGCUACUGCGACUGCUACCGCUACCGGCACUGGAAUCGUGACUCUCGGUGCCACCACGACUGGGGCAGACUCGACGGCCUCUGGCACCUCGAGUGGGGCUACUUCGACUUCGACUUCGACCUCUGCCGGAGUCGUUGUCUCUCGUCCUCUCUCGAAGUCUGCCAUUGGCGUUGUUGGUAUCCUGCUGGCUGGAUCUGCCGUGGGUCUUUUCCUUUGA